UGGCAGUUUCGCAUUGUCUACAUUUUGGGCCAAUAGUGAAUGUUUUCGUUUGUUUAUAUAACGUUAGCAUUUUAUUUCUUCGGUUUGUUUUGGUCAGGAAUCUGACAGGUCAAGUGACCCACAUGUCUCCUAGCAACAGGACCUGUCAACAAGGAGUAGACAUGGCCCAUAAACGCUAAGUUUCUUUCCAUUUUCAUCCACCUGUACAGUAACUUACUGUCUGGUUUAUUUUGUGGCUUUCAGUGUUUAUUUAAUAUGUAGUGAGAAACAAUGCUAUAUUCAUUAAACGUUUUUUAGUCUUUUAACGUCUUAAAAGUGUUUAAAACAUGAUGUGAACUGUCAGUCAGCGCCAGUGAAAGUAUAAAGUGAGAGAAUGCACGUCCAGUGGAGUCACUUAUCCAGCAGGAAUAUGCCAUUCAGACCUCACACAAGGUUGAUGUUUUUAACCUCCCACAAUUCACAACAAAACUCUACCAGAAGUGUGUCGGCUCACUCACUAUGUCAGCGCACACAAGCUGGGCACACUAACCGCUGGCAGCUGGCAGGUGCUUUAGGCAGUGACCUGCUGGGUCAGGCACAGGUUCGGAGGGCAGAGGAGUUUGGGGAUAAAUCAGCAGACAGAAAAAUUAAAUCAGAUGUCACAUGGUCUUCAAAGCUUGACACUCAAGAGGAACAAUUUUACAUUUUGUCUCGCAGAUUGACCCAAAAUGCUAAACCAGAUGCAGUACUGGAAUGUCUGGGGGUCAGGUGGGAGCUGCAUUGCUCUGUCUUGAGCUAUUCAGACACAUUAUCUGAGCUGUAUAGCAACAGCAAAAGACAGAGGGAUGUUCAGCUACAAGAGAGAGCUGCCAUAAGUAAAGACAGCAAAGUUAAUAGGUCUCAGUGUGAAAGAGGACUGGUCUACAGAAAGUGGCAUCUCAGCGGCCCUUUGAUUCUCCGACUGCCUGUCAAAGACGCCUCCAUCAAUAAAGAGGCUUUGUCUUUUGCCCUGCGGACCCUGUACGACCCAGAGGAACGCCCCAGUGAGUGGGAAGAGGCUGUGCUCUCUACUGCUGCAUUACUGGGAAUGUCAAACCUCUUCCAGAAGUGUCUUAAAGAGAUGUUGGCAAAUAUUUCAUCACUGACUGUGUGCAGCUUUCAUCGAGUGUCCUGCAAGCUUAAAGAGACUGUUCUCCAGAGAGCAUGCGAGCGCUGGUUGGAGCUGUUCCUGGUGACUGAACUCUCCUUCCAUAUAAAACUCAGAGAUUUGCCCUUUGACCUCCUGCUGAAGACCCUGCUUAGUCCAAGACUGUUCACAUCUAAUGAGUAUGAGGUCUUGAGAGCAGUGCUGUGCUGGCUGUACCUGCAGUUAAACCCCCUCAGACAGACCCUACCAGCCCACAGCACCAUCAUCACCUUCUUCUCCAAGGAAACGGCUGUUUUCUUGGAACAGCCUCAGGGUCAAAAAUACAUCACUAUCUUUCAAGCCCUUCGUAUGCAUGGCAUUACUGAAUGGCAGCAUCUGCAGGAGCUGCAAAACAUCAGAGUUCUUCCUGAAUCCUGGCUGCUGCACAUCCUGUCCAAUCAUUACCACACUCUUUACAGCGGGGGCGACAUGGUAUUGACUGACUUCUCCAAACAAGCUAUCCGUUUUGGAAUGAUGUUUGAUAGGGAACAAGUGUGCUGCACUCAAACCAUCAGCAUCUAUGGCUUUUACUUUCUUCUCCAAGCUGCUAAAAUGGGCGAAUCAGAUACAUACAGCUUCUCCAUUGAGAGGUUAAGACACUGGGAUCCUGCUGUGUGCCAGUCUUCCAUUGUGAGCCGUCCAUACAGUGUGCGAUCUGAUCGAUCAGUGCGCUAUCACAUCACAGUGCAAAGCUAUGCCAAUGGCGAGUGGCAAGAGCACAGCAGUGGACCUGUCAAUAAAGAAUUUGGCUUAUGCAAACGCCGGUCUAGGAGCAAGUUAUUGCUGACAGCCUAA